AUGAGCUCCAAAAAAUACGCUUUUCUUCCUAUGGAACAGGAUGAGGUGGGUCCUCAGAAAGUUACCAAGGAGAAGAAACACAGACAUCGACAUCGCGACAGAGAUCGCGACGACAAGUCAUCUACCCGACCCUCCAAAUCUCGUCGCGAACGUAGUCGCUCAAGGUCUGCUGGCCGAGGACCAUCAUCACACACUAGUCGACCCAAGCAAUACCGACGACGCGAUGACAAGGCCGACUUUGAUGAUCGAUGGGGCGAUGAGGAACCACCAUCCGAUGGACCCGAAGAGGAGGAAGACGAACCCGAAUUUGAGGAGUCGGCAACCAAACGAGUCAAGCUGAGCCACGAUGAACCGAAAGACGACGACUUAUCCGAUGGUGCGAAAGAGGAAUUGGAACGGAGAAAGGACAUUGAAGAGCGCGAGGCUUUCGCAAAGCGCCUAAGGGAGAAGGAUACCAAAAAAUCAAAGAAGGACGAGAAGGAUGGAGAAUCUUCAUCGAGAAGAAAACUGGCUGAAGACACCGAGGCCCGAAACCAGGCACUCCCCGAUAUUCGAGAACGAUCGCGACAGGAGUACCUCAAGAAACGAGAGGCUGAACGACUCGCUCUUUUACGAAAACAGGUUGCAGAGGAGACAGCUGAACUAAGGAGUGGUGUCCGACUGUCAGAGAAGGAAAAGGCCGAAUUCGCCAAGAACAGAGAGAUCCUGCGUCUGGCUGAGGAGCGCCUCAAGAUUGACGAUCAUCGCGAUGGGUACUACAUGCCGGAAGAUUAUAUCACGGAGAAGGGGAAACUCGACCGAAAAAAGAAAGAAGACGCUCUUUACAAGCGAUACGUUGAGAAGGAUGAGUUUGGCCAGGAGAAAUUCGUUACUGAGCAUGAUGAAUGGGAGCGAGAACAAGCCUCAAAGGCGAAGGCGCAGAUUCAACGUGGCGAAAGGGAGAAUGAAGACUACGAUCUUGUUAUGGAUGACACGCAGUAUAUCCAGUGGAAUCUGGAUUCGCGUUUACCUGGCGACGAUCGAAAGUUGACCAAGGAGCAGCAGUUCCUUGAGGCGCAGAUUGACGCAGCUGAAAAGAAGGCCCUGUCGAUCCAAGAAACGAGAAAAAGCCUGCCGAUCUAUCAGUAUCGAGAUGAAUUCCUUGCUGCAUUGGAGCAGUACCAGGUACUUGUUAUUGUUGGAGAGACUGGUAGUGGAAAGACGACUCAGCUACCACAAUAUCUUCAUGAGGCGGGCUACACCAAGAAUGGCAUGAAGGUGGGCUGUACACAACCUCGACGAGUGGCGGCUAUGAGUGUGGCUGCUCGUGUUGCUGAGGAAGUGGGUGUAAAGGUCGGCAAUGAAGUCGGAUAUACCAUUCGUUUCGAGGACUGCACCAGCGACAAGACUGUCCUCAAGUACAUGACUGAUGGCAUGUUGCUGCGAGAGUUUAUGACGGAGCCAGAUCUUGCAGGGUACUCGGCCCUGAUGAUUGAUGAGGCUCACGAACGUACUGUGCAUACUGAUAUCUUGUUGGCGUUGAUCAAAGAUUUGUCAAGAGAACGACCUGAUCUGAAGCUGCUCAUCUCAUCGGCUACCAUGAACGCCGAGAAGUUUGCACAGUAUUUUGACGAUGCGCCUAUUUUCAACAUCCCUGGUCGACGAUACCCAGUUGACAUCUACUAUACUCCUGCGCCCGAAGCAAACUAUCUGGCUGCAGCCAUCACAACGACAUUCCAGAUUCACACUACCCAGCCCAAGGGUGAUAUCCUGAUUUUCUUGACCGGUCAAGACGAGAUUGAGGCUGCCGAACUUGAAAUUGCAGAAACAGCAAAGAAGCUUGGUAGUCGCGUUAAGGAACUUGUUAUUUGCCCUAUCUAUGCCAACUUGCCGUCCGAAUUACAGUCAAAGAUCUUUGAACCCACACCGGACGGCGCUCGCAAGGUUGUGCUGGCCACCAAUAUCGCCGAAACCAGUUUGACUAUUGAUGGUAUUGUCUAUGUCAUUGAUCCAGGCUACGUCAAGGAGAACGUCUACAACCCUGCAACAGGCAUGUCUAACCUGGUUGUUGUACCUUGUUCGAGAGCGUCCGCCAACCAGCGAAGUGGUCGAGCCGGUCGUGUAGGUCCAGGAAAAUGUUUCCGUCUGUAUACCAAGUUUGCGUACAUGAACGAAAUGGACGAAUCAACUACACCAGAGAUUCAACGAACGAACUUGAAUGGCGUUGUGCUGCAAUUGAAAUCCCUUGGUAUCAAUGAACUGCUCGAUUUCGAGUUCAUGGAUCCUCCUCCCACGGAAGCUCUCAUCGGAGCUCUGAAUCAGCUCUUUGCUUUGCAAGCGUUGAACCAUCGCGGAGAGCUGACCAAGCUUGGUCGACAGAUGGGUGAAUUUCCUACAGACCCUAUGCUCGCCAAGGCUGUUCUGGCUGCGGAUAAGGAAGGCUGUGUGGAGGAGGUCUUGUCCAUUGUGUCGAUGCUUGGUGAAGCUUCUGCCCUGUUCUUCCGACCGAAGGAUAAGAAGAUCCACGCAGACAGCGCUCGAAACCGCUUCACAAUCAAGGACGGUGGUGAUCAUGUAACUCUUCUCAACGUGUGGAAUCAAUGGGUCGAUAGCGACUUCUCCCCAGUCUGGGCCAAGGAGAAUUUCCUGCAACAACGUUCACUUACAAGAGCACGCGAUGUGCGCGACCAACUCGCAAAGCUCUGUGAGCGUGUCGAAGUCGCACCCUCCACCUGCGGCGCCACCAACAUUCGCCCCAUCAAGCGAGCCAUCACAGCUGGAUUCUUCCCCAACGCUGCACGGCUGCAGAAGAGUGGCGAUAGCUACAGGACGGUCAAGAACAACACGACUGUGUGGGUCCACCCCAGCAGCGUGUUGAUGGCUAUCGACCCGCCGGAGAAAAUGGUGGUGUACUUUGAGCUCGUGCAGACUACCAAGGAGUAUAUGCGUAGCGUGAUGCCGAUCGAAGCCAAAUGGCUGGCUGAGUUGGCACCGCAUUUCCAUAAAAAGAAGGAUGUUGAGGAGAUGGAGGAGAAGAAAAUGCCUAAGCAGAGAUCUUGA